UCCCCAGCGGCAGCGCCCACCACGGCCGAGGCAGGAGCGCGGCCGGCUCCGGCAGCGGGGCAGCCGGGAAGCCGCAGCCUCCCAUGCCCGGCUGCGAGCUCCGCGGGGGCGCUGCCAGGCGAAGGGCUGAGCCGGCUGCGGCUCUGGCAGGGCGGGACAGCGCCCGUGCGCCAGCGGCGGCGGGGCUCUGAGCGGCGGCAGAGCUCCGAGCGGCACCGGCGGCAGCUCGGGCCGGCAGCUCCACGCCCGCAGUCCCCACCGGCCCUGCCCUCGCUCGGCGCGGGGAGCCGAGCACCAGCAAUGGCGGAUCGGCCGAGGAGCCGCUGCGUGCCGCUCCCACGCUCGCCUGGGCAGCCGCUGCUCUAGGAGGGGAAGAGCGGAGCUCGCAGGGGGGCUGGUUUCCGGCGGGUUAUUUAUUUCUUCCCUCUCGCUUAAGUUCCCAGCGGAGCGGGCUGGCCGGCACCUGCGCCCCCCACCUGCUUCUCGGAGGGCGAAAGGUGUGGGGAGGCCAUGGAGAGCCCGGCAGAGAACCCCAGCAAGGCGGCGGAGUACCUGAAGGAGCUAAACAAGAUUAUUGAGACACAGCAGGAGCUGCUGGAGAAGCAGAAGCGGAGGAUAGACGAGCUGGAGCAGCAAGUGGCCAAGUUGUACCACGAAAAUGCGUGUCUCCAGGACGAGCAUCACCGGCACCUGGCCACAUGCAGGCUCCAGCAGGGCGUCCCUCCCGCGUACCCGGGGGUGCUGAGCGCCAUCCAGGAAAAUGCAAAGCACGAAAAGUCUGAAGGAGAAAGCUCAAGAAGCAUCAGGUCUUUAAAUACUCUGCACCAGUUUUGCUGUCCAGCUCCAUUGUACCAUACCCAGCUAGCUGUCCCUGCCACACACUCAGAGUACAGGACGUCACUGGAAACAGGGAGCAGCAUCUCAACUGAUCCGCUCAGUGUUGAGGGGGAAGCUCCAAGCAGUGAAACUGGCACAUCUUUGGAUAGCCCAUCUAGCUACCAUCAAGGACCUAUAACACACAGCUCAGCUAUAAGUCCAGACCACUACGAUCAUUCUGCUUACGGGCUGUAUUCCGUCUCCCCUGGACAACAAAGGUCUCGGAGGCCGAAACUUCAGCACUCGACAUCCAUACUGCGAAAACAAGCAGAGGAAGAAGCUAUUAAAAGGUCAAGAUCCCUUUCUGAGAGCUAUGAACUCUCUUCAGACCUACAAGAUAAGCAGGUGGAAAUGCUAGAACGGAAAUAUGGAGGCCGUCUCAUAACUAGACAUGCUGCUCGUACUAUACAAACAGCUUUUCGCCAGUAUCAGAUGAACAAAAAUUUUGAGCGUCUUAGAAGUUCUAUGUCUGAAAAUCGUAUGUCAAGACGCAUUGUACUGUCCAAUAUGAGAAUGCAGUUUUCCUUUGAAGGACCUGAGAAAGUCCACAGCUCUUACUUUGAAGGAAAACAAGUUUCUGUUACAAAUGACGGGUCAAAGCUGGGGUCCCUGGUACAGUCUGAAUGUGGUGACCUUGGAGAGUCAGCUACAAUGAAGUCUCCAGCAGCAUCUACUGAUUUUAGUGAUGCUAUAACAGAACUGGAGGAUGCUUUUUCCAGGCAGGUGAAAUCCCUUGCAGAGUCCAUCGAUGACGCGCUGAAUUGCCGCAGCCUACAUUCUGACGAAGUCCAGACUCCGGAUCAAGUCAGAAGUCGUGAGAUGGAAAGGGAUAGUUGUGCUCAAUCUAAACCAGCAAUUCACAAUGUGGAUCACAGGAAGCUUGAUGAGAUGACAGCGUCGUACAGUGAUGUUACGUUAUAUAUUGAUGAGGAAGAGUUAUCUCCCCCGCUUCCACUUUCCCAGUCAGUAGAGAGACCGUCCAGCACAGAAUCUGAUUUGAGGCUCCGGUCUGUAAACUCUUCUCAAGAGUACUGGUCCAUGACCCACAAAGAUGAUAAGAUAGACACGGAUACGAGCUGCAGGAGUACCCCAUCCCUGGAGUGCCAGGAGCAGAGGAUGAGAAUGGAUCAUCUCCCCUUGCUGACUAUAGAGCCACCCAGUGACAGUUCAGUGGACUUGAGUGAUCGCUCCGAGAGAGGUUCGUUAAAGAGACAAAAUGCCUAUGACCGAGGGAUCACUAGUCAACAAGGAAGCCCAAAACACAUCCCGCACAGUAUUCCUGCCAAGAUUAUAUCCCGAGAGGAACCGGAGGCGAGACAUAGGGCCAGGCCUAUAGACAGUCAUUUAGCUAUCAAUGGCACAGCAAACAGGCAAAGCAAAUCCGAGUCCGAUUAUUCUGAUGGAGACAAUGACAGCAUCAACAGCACUUCCAACUCCAAUGAUACAAUAAAUUGCAGCUCCGAAUCUUCUUCUAGAGACAGCCUAAGGGAGCAAACCUUGAGCAAACAAACAUAUCACAAAGAAACUCGCAACAGCUGGGAUUCCCCUGCCUUCAGUAAUGAUGUUAUCAGGAAACGCCAUUAUAGGAUUGGACUGAAUCUUUUUAACAAAAAACCCGAGAAAGGAGUCCAGUACCUGAUUGAACGGGGUUUUGUGCCGGACACUCCAGUCGGCGUCGCCCACUUUCUCCUGCAGAGGAAAGGUCUCAGCAGACAGAUGAUUGGAGAAUUUUUGGGAAAUCGGCAAAAACAGUUCAACCGGGAUGUAUUAGACUGUGUUGUGGAUGAGAUGGACUUCUCAACGAUGGAACUGGAUGAAGCACUCAGGAAAUUUCAGGCUCAUAUCCGUGUUCAAGGAGAAGCCCAGAAAGUCGAACGGCUCAUUGAAGCUUUCAGCCAACGAUACUGUAUCUGCAAUCCGGGUGUUGUGAGACAAUUUAGAAAUCCUGAUACCAUCUUCAUUCUCGCUUUCGCCAUCAUACUGUUAAACACAGAUAUGUACAGCCCAAACGUGAAACCGGAACGCAAAAUGAAGCUAGAAGAUUUUGUCAAGAAUCUAAGGGGUGUGGACGACGGCGAGGAUAUCCCACGAGAAAUGCUGAUCGGGAUUUAUGAGCGAAUCCGCAAACGGGAACUGAAGACAAAUGAGGAUCAUGUAUCCCAAGUCCAGAAGGUGGAAAAACUUAUAGUAGGAAAGAAACCGAUUGGAUCUCUGCAUCAUGGACUUGGUUGUGUCCUCUCUCUACCCCACCGGAGGCUUGUUUGCUACUGUAGGCUGUUCGAAGUUCCAGAUCCAAAUAAACCUCAGAAGCUCGGAUUGCACCAGCGAGAAAUAUUUUUAUUUAAUGAUCUUCUUGUGGUGACCAAGAUUUUUCAAAAGAAGAAGAACUCAGUCACAUACAGUUUCCGACAGUCCUUCUCCCUCUAUGGAAUGCAAGUUCUUCUUUUUGAGAACCAGUAUUAUCCCAAUGGUAUCCGGCUCACGUCAGCUGUUCCAGGAGCAGAUAUCAAAGUACUAAUAAAUUUCAAUGCACCAAAUCCUCAGGACAGGAAGAAGUUUACAGAUGAUUUGAGGGAAUCCAUUGCAGAGGUUCAAGAAAUGGAAAAGCACAGAAUAGAGUGUAAGUACAAAGCCGAGCUAGAGAAGCAGAAGGGAGUGGUGCGUCCCAGCAUGUCGCAGUGCUCCAGUUUGAAAAAGGAUUCCGGCAACGGGACGCUGAGCCGCGCGUGCCUGGACGACAGCUACGCCAGCGGCGAGGGGCUGAAGCGCAGCGCGCUGAGCAGCUCCCUGCGGGACCUGUCGGAAGCAGGCAAGCGUGGGCGACGCAGCAGUGCAGGAUCGCUAGACAGCAAUAUGGAAGGGUCCAUCAUUAGCAGUCCUCACAUGCGCCGAAGAGCUACAUCAACCCGAGAGUGUCCAUCUCGCCCUCACCAGACUAUGCCUAACUCCUCCUCACUCCUAGGUUCCUUAUUUGGUAGUAAAAGGGGAAAGCCACCUUCCCAAGGCCAUCCACCAUCCGGCUCAUCCCAGCAGGCUCCGCACCCCCCAGCAAUCCCCCACCAGCAGCACCCCCAGCACCCCCCCGCCAUGCACCACGCAGGGCCGGCCGAGGGGCAGGCGCCGCACGCCCACCACGCGCAGUACUGCCACCUGCAGAACCCGCCGCCCUACCACCACCACCACCACUACCACCCGCCCCAGCACCUCCAGCACCCGCACCAGUACCACCAGCACGUGCCCCACGCCCAGCACGCACCCUACGUGCCGCACGGCCACGCGCAGCACGGCCACGCUCCCCACGCGCCCCCGGCCCACGCGGCUCAUGCCCCACACGCCCAGCACCACCACGGGCCCCCGCCGCCCCCCGCCACCUCCGCCAGCACUAAGCCCAAACACAGCGGCAUCAGCACAAUAGUCUAGAGCGGCCCGGCCCUCCUCAGAGCUGUAGUUUUCAACCACGUUACAAAGGCACUUACAGGAAGCAACAAAUCGUAGCGUCAGUUUUUACCUAGACAGACAAUUUAAUGGAGUCGCGUGAGCUUACAGGCUUGCUGUCACCGAAUAAAAUAAUUCAAGUUAGCACACUCAAUACUGGUUUUACUUACCCACUCGACAGACACCAUCUGGUUAGCUCUUAUUUCCAAACUGCCUUGUAAACAUGCUGCUUGCUGAAUAUGAGUAAAGCUACCUUUCACACCAAAUCCCUCCACAGUUCUACCUGCAUCAUCAAAACUUAGUCUAUGCGAAAAGGAAAAAAGUGAUACAGAACCAAGUGUCGCAUUCUUGCUCUUUUGUUGUCAAUGGGCAAAAAAAAAAAGUAGACCUGAUAUGGUUGAUGAAAGUACAUAAGUAAACUUUAUAUAAUAUAAAUAUAUACAUAUAAAUAUAUAUAUAUAUACUGUAUAGUUAACAUUUGUGCUUGGAAAGCAAUUUUUUCAGUCCACAAAACUAGCAAUAUAGACCUUACAAGGAAUUCCACUUACUUGAUAGGACAGUAUAAUAGAUGAAUAGUAUGUGAAAGAGUAGACCAAAAAUAUUAAAGGUUAGAAACAAAUUUCAGACAUUUCAGUAUUUUCAUUCAAAGUCCUCUGGACUUGCUAAAGAUUUCUAAGCAAUCAUUACUAAAUGUGCCAAGUAACAUAGCAUUUAAAUGUUGUAGUCAAAUACUGCUUUGUAUAAAUCCUUAUUUUAUUAACACGAUAGUAUCAUACGUAAUCAGUAUUAUAACUGCUCUGCUAUUUCAGGUAAGCAAACUCGUUAAGAUGCAGUAAUUAUACCGUAGCAAUGUAGGAUGGCCAUUUACCAGCAGCUGGUCACACAAAUUCUUAGACACUUUAAAGGCUGUGAUAACUGUGAACUUACAUGAUCCACAUUUCUUUUGUAUGCGUACGACUUAACGAACACACAUGAAGAGUUCCAACGGGUGCAUGUAUACACUGCAAAAACAUUCAUCUCAAACAUGAAAAUGGCAAACUUCCAUCUUUCUCAGCUACUUUGUUUCCUGUUCACCAUGAUUUCUCAUUUUUACCCCCGAUGAAGCUGAAUUCUAGUCAGAGUGUUUCCAGGUGGAAGUGCUCUAAAACUCGAAGGUUUGUUUUAGAAUUUAGUAUAGGGUUUUUAUAUAAAUAUCUAUUUUAAAAAAUGUAAUUCCAUGUAGCCAUGUGCUAGCAACAAAGUGGCUUCACCAUUUUUACUCAUCACAUUUGUUAGUUUGACAGUACCCAGCACUCAGCAGGCUGAGUUGAUGCUCAAACCCUCACUUUCAUAGUCCAGUUAGUUGCAAGACAUCACAUGAAAACAGGCUGUGCUGUUGUUGCUUAUGUGUUGUAAUCAAACCAUUUGCAAAUUUAUAUACGAUUUUUAUCCCCAAAUCCUGUACAAAGUUAUACAUGGCGCCUACUUUGUAGUUUCAGCAUUUUGAGCCACUGCAAGGACUUUACACCUAAACAGUAGAGACAAAGGAAUCACAACUGCAAAACUGUACCAGCCUAAAGGCAAACCUUGAAGAGGAUGAGCAAAAAGUUCCAUGUGAGAUGGGUAAAACUAAUAAAUAAUAACCACCAGUCGAUUUUCUAUUUAGCAGUAAUACCUUUGUCAGGAGUAAUGGCCUGAGAACAAGAGGGUGACUUUUGGUAUUGGCUCGCUCAUGGCAUCUCUAAUAUUGGGGGGGACGGGGAAGAGGUUGAGUCUUUUUUUCCCUUUCAUACCAUUGAUAUCACAAUACCAGCAAAACUGCGAACUGAGCACUUUGUUAACCUCCACAGAGAGCAAAUACAGCAAUCUAGAGUUUAGCCUUUUGUUUAGAGCUGUCCACGUUUGUUUCACACAUGUGCAAUAUGUUUUCCCCUUCUGCUCCUUCUCCUCUAAAUUAUCCUCACGAAAAGAAAAUAAAAUUCGUAAUGACGUUAUUCUUUUUGAAGUAUCACUCAUGGUAUUCUAAAUUCUGCGGCUUACCUCAAGAGGGCUCCUCGGGGUGCCCUGAGGCUCUGUUCCUUGCAGUUUAAAAAAAUAUAUACUGUUCUUAUAAGGGAAAGUAGAACUGUCUGCAUGUCAUCUAAUGUUAUUAGUGUGAGGCUACACUCUACAUAUUGUAUAUUUGCAAAAUAUAUCAGUGUUACUGUUGAUAUUAGUUGAAGUAAAGUGAUAACAUAUUUCAAUAUGUAGACUUUUCUUCAUACAUCUGUACCAAUAGUAGAGUCUAACUGUAAUCUAUAGGUUGUUCCAGAAAAGAUAAAGAACCAUUCAGGUAUAAACAUCUUUCAGAAACCGCAUCUUUUAAUUAAAACGGAGGUAAGAGUGCUCCUCUGCCCUGAGUGAUGGAGCCUGUACUUGUUUCAGAUGCAGAGUUAUAAUGUAAGUAACGUUGCUUGCGUAUGGAAUACAGAAUAUGCGGUAGCAGUGGAGGGGAAAAUCUGACUCUAGCUGCAUUAAUUACAAACAAAGAUGUUAAAUCUCCCAGAUUUGCAUUUGCUUUAUGUUUAAAAACCCCUUUCAUUCAUUUAAAUUAGGGUUACAUGUAACUAUUCUAAACUUACGCAGUAAGCCACAUUUUAAUGCUGGACCGCUGAUUUUCCACGUGCAAUCAGUUACAUAUUCAGGAGACGUCACAAACGUGCAUGCAAAAAGAACACGUACACGCGAUGUGUGCACGCGUUUGUGCCUGCCCUCCAGGCGCGUUAAGUCGCGUGUGUAAAAUCACAGGUCAUUUUGAGGCUACUUGAAACAAAACUGGUCAAAUAAGAGCACAGUAUUUGUAAACUCGUAUUAGUUUCAGUCAACGAGGAGAAACUGUGGACUUGAUUUCUUUUCUGUUUUUUUAGACUCUGUGUUUGUACGUACUUUAAACAAACAAAUGUGUCUUCGUGUCAGCGUAACUCUUGCGUAAAACUUGGCUGCUUGCUUCGGGUUGUCGUGUAACCUCUCAGACUCCGUCCCUGACUGACAAUUGCUUUGAGCAGUGUGGGUCAUGCCUAGAGUAGGAAGUUGAUAGUACUUGAGCACUGCGGGUGCAGGAGUAAAAUGAAGAGGGUUUUUUCUCAAAUGCAUUUGCCAAUUACAAACUGGUACAGAACUGCAUAGAGUGACCGUGUUUCUCUUUUCCCAUAAACGAUGUGGCAAAGUAGUAAUGCUGAUUGGAAAAAAAUGAAAGGGAAACGUAAGGAAUGAAGGUGUGGCAACAAAAAUCUUUUCUGGGACAACAAUCAAUUAUAUAUAUUUGGGAUUUUUAUUUUUUUAAGUUAAGAAUGAAAUGUAAAACAAUGUAAAAACAACAAAGAAACCAGUUCAUCCUAAUAUAAUGUGCGUCUUGUAUUGCUAAAGAAAAAAACCCAAGUCUGACAUACAGUGUAGAAUGAUUUUCCCAUCAUGUACUGCAUGCAGCAGAAGCCUCUUGUUUCUUGCUAAAAUGAGCUGAAAGACAGUCAGCAGAUAUUUAAACAAUCUCUAGGUGUUGACUUGCUGUUCCAUAUGAAGCUGUGUGUUUUCUGCAGUUAAGCAUGCAUUUUGCUGUUCCGUUGUAAAAUACCAUCGCACUUCUUGCCUGCAAAAUGGAUUCUUGUGUAUAUAUUUAAAAGAAAAGUGGAACCAAUAACAAGAUUAAAUUUGGAAAAGAGAGAAGGGGGUGGUGAAAAUGGGACCAGUAGGGGGAAUAGAUCAUUCUCUAAAUUGUACAUAGUGUGUAAAUUAGUAUUACUAUAAGUCUGCAGUCACUUUGAGGUUGCCUGUCUCCUGCUAGGAACUUAAAUCAGCUUUGAGUUGUAUUAAACUGUUAGAAUUAGGUCUUGAAUGCAGACUCUUAAAGACUUCAAAAAACAUUAUGCUUACAAGAAGCUUCUGUUCUGGGGAGGCUUGAGACCCCUUUUGUAACUAUGGGGAAGAAAGGAGUGCUUUCAUUUUAAUAUGCAUUCUGUUUGUAAGUAGUAACAGACCCUAUUGAUGUAAAACUAUAACUGUGAUCAUGUGGAGAAAUCAAAUAAAUCGUUUAAAACUC